UAUCAUAAUAAUAAAUAGUUUAGCUAGGCAUUUAAAAUUUGAGAGAUAUACGCUGAAAACACACAUAAAUUUAACUUGCUAUAAACAAAAUAUUCAGUGAGAAAUAAAAUAGAGCAAUUCGUGGCUGGAAAAUCUUGGGAUUGGAGAGCACAGUUCGAGUGAUAUCAAUUAUGUUUGGCUGCCAUAAACAUUUUAACUUUAAAUGGCAACAAACUGUACGAAUACUUGUUUUAAAUUACAAAAUAGUGAAAGUUUUUCCCCAAAGAUAUAAUAAAACUAACCCGACGUUGGUGGUCCAGUGGCGUGAGGCGGCUCGUAAUGAUCCUAAGAGCCGCGAGUUCGAACCUCCCCCUCAGAUUAACCCCUACGUCGGGCCAUCCGGGCCCACCCUGCUACUUCUGGGGUGGAAAUGACAUGGCUGCUGCGGGUCUCGAGGGAUGUCUGGACCCCGGCCUGAGACCCUCGGUUAACAAAAAAAAAAAAAAAAAGAUAUAAUAAAACUAAAACAUGAAUGAGCUGUGAAAAAAAAAGACACGCGAUGGAUAGUGAUGGAUGCAGGCUAGGAGAAGAAAAUCAUUUGAACUUCUAUAUAAAAUAGAAUGGCUCACGCGCACCACACUCACCACAUCACUGCAUCCAAUUUCUACAACCGAUUAUAUUUUAAUAGAAAAUUCCUCAAGUGUGACGGAUACCCUAACCGAAGGCGUAUAAAUAUCCCAUACGGCAUUUCCUUGGCCUCUCUUCAUAAAACAGAGACAAAAUCUAAAUCACGUAGAAAAAGGCCUUUUGACUAAUGAUGGACUCUUAGAAAAAUUUAGUCACGAUUCUGGAUUGUUUUGUUUUUCAAACUUCUUUUUUAAUGGAGACAAGUAACGUGGGGUUUAGGUUUUGUCCAACGGACGAGGAGCUGAUAAACUAUUUUCUCAAGAACAAGAUUCUAGGUAAACCAUGGUUAGUCGACGAUAAGAUUAGAGAGGUUAGCAUAUGUAGUUACGAACCUGCGUCUUUGCCUGCUUUAUCAAUGAUCAAAUCGAAGGAUCCUGUAUGGUACUUCUUAUCUCCAAAGGAGUACAAGUCUCCAAAGAAGAGCCUGACGAAGAGGACUACACCUUCUGGGUUUUGGAAAUCUACCGGUAAGGAUCGAAAAGUCAAGGAGGAAAAAAGAAGAGACGGUAUUGUGAUCGGUAUUAAAAAGACCCUUGUGUACCAUGAAGGUAAAUCUUCUAAUGCAGUUCCAACUCCUUGGAUUAUGCACGAGUAUCACAUCACUUGCUUGCCUCUAGCUGAUCAGGUAACAUUUUGUCUUCAGGGGUUUUCUUUGUUUUAUCUUUUUCUUUGUAUGUAUCAUUGUUUCUAUCUUUUUGAUGUAACAUAAAACCUUCUUGGGACAGAGUAUUUAUAGUUUCUUGAUUUCAGGAAUACCAAAAACUUAGAGCAAAUCAUAGGACUAUUCGUAUACUCUUCUAAUUCCAAAUAAAUUCCAUAUAAACUUAAAAUUUAAAUAUUUUCAAUGGAUAGUUCUAAAAAAAAUUCCUAUCGAAAACAAGGGAGAACAAAAUAAAUAAAACAUCUUAUUAAUUAAAACCAAAAGCUGAAUAAUAAACUCAUAUAAAUGACAUGGGUGUGGACUUGUAGUUUAUUAGUUAAUAAAAACAUUUAAAUACUUUUUUAGCGUUCAAAACAAAACUUUUUUUAAAAAAGUUUAACCAAUCGAGGCCUUGGCCUUUUUCCGAAGAUACAUGCUUGCCUCAUAAUGGAUUCGAUAGGAUUUGGACUCAAUCUAAGUCCACUAAAAUUUUGUUCAAGGGCUUGGGUGCCUUUGGAUCUGAUAGAACAUUGGUUCAGUUUUACAGUUUUACAUUACUAUGUUAAUGGAUUUAUUAAGGUGUCAAAUAUUCACAUGAAUCACAUGUGUAACAACUUAUUUUGUGUUUUUUUUUUCAAAUUUCAAAUAUGUUUUUUUUUGUUACGCGAAUCAGAAAGAAACAUGCACACUGCAACAUUAGAUUAAACGAAUGUACAAAGAUUCUAGUUUAUAUGAAAUCAUCCACUCAUCAAUCAUCAAUCUUUUUUUUUCCACCCACCCAUCUAUCAUGUUACCCUUUAAUUCACUUUUGUAUGCUGGGGGGUCAGAAACGGUCUUGUCAUUACUUAGAUGCUAUUCAGAUAGUUGCCAUUUUCUAACAUAUACUCUUAAACGAAACCUUCUUACCUGUGUGUGUACCUUUGGAGUUUGUUCAGAGUACCUAUGUUCUCUGCAAGCUAUUUUAUAAGGGCAACGUUAGAGACAUCCCAUCCGGUAGCAACUCGACUAAACCAGGUCACUAUUUGGUCAUGAGUGAUUCAAACACAGUCGAAGCGACUAACACACCGCCUCAAGUGAGUCCAGUUUCUGAGAUAUUUCAUUCUCAAACGCAAAUUAAAUAUUAGUUUCUCCACUUGUUACUUUACUCACACCUCCUUUACUUUUACAGGUUGAGCAGGCAGGUCAAGAAAGUUUAUCUGGCUUCUCUGUGAACGAUGUGAUAAUGCUGAUGAACGAGCAAGAGGAUCUAUCUCCUUGGGAUACACUGUGUCCAAUUCCAAAUACGUUGUUCAUUGACAACAACGACAACACUAAAGUGCAGCUACAAACUACUUGCUUAGCACAAAACGAUGAUGAGGAUCUUGGUGCAUUCACGCAGAUAGAAUCUUUGCUUGCUGAUCAUCAAGAAUUCAUAACGCAAGAGAACUGUGAGGAGUACAUGCUAAAAUGGUCUUGCUUAUUGUAGCAGAGAGAUAGUACUCUGCGGUCUGUAAAGCACAUCAACUCUUUUUUCAUUACUUUCAUGAACUUAUAUAAAUAAAGUUUACUACAAUAAGACAGAAAUGCAUAAAACUUAUGCAGAAGACCAUAAGUAAAAAUGGAGCUAUUGUUUAUUACCAUUAAGUACAUACUACAUACUAAUGUUGCAAAGAUGCACAUAUAAGCAACCCCCAUGGAAGAGUUUUCAAGUAUCUCAACUAUAUUUCUUUCUUGCUAAUCUAAGAUACUGACUCUAGUAUUGUGCGCAAGGUUAAUUGCUAACAAU